CUGAGAUUUAAAUAGAAUGAGUGAACAAAAUUUUGAUUUGGAUACGAUAUCGAAAAUUUUGAGGAAACCUAAUUCACAAAGGUCGUACAAGGAUAAUGAGAAGACAGCAUCAGUGAUAAAAAAUCUAAAAUUCAUAAAAGAGCAGAAUUUGCCUGAUAAAUAACCUUCUUGACCUGGCCCAGUGCCUCAAUCUCCUUGAGAUGGAAGACGGAGACCUCGUAUUUGAUUAUGGGACUGAGGGAGACUUGUUCUAUAUCAUCCUCUCUGGAGCUGUUUCUAUUUUAAUUCCUGACAAAAAGAGUGGGGAAGAGGCUAGAAACCUCAGUAUAUUCGAGCAGACCCAGCUAGGCCAAAAAGCCAUGCUAGAGCUUCUCAACUUCUUCGAAAUAGCAAAGCUAGUUUCAGGCUCUAGCUUUGGAGAGCUUGCACUACUUAACUCUGGAGACGGGAAGAGAAAAGCAAGGAUUGUCUGUAAAGAGGAUUGCAAAUUCGCUACUGUGAACAAAGAGAAUUACCAGAAAGUCCUUGCUAAAAUCCAGCAACAGCACAAAGAAAAUAUGAUCAAUUUUCUGAAGCAAAUUCCUUUCAUCUCGCAUUGGUCAAAGAACGCUUUGAGCAGAUUGUACUAUGCAGUUGAGAAGGUAGACACCUUCCGUAGCCAACGAAUCAUCAAGGAAGGAGACCCAAUAGAUUACAUUUAUAUUAUCAAAGAAGGAGAAUUCGAAGUCGUUAAGUACCUUGGAAAAGAAGAUGAAGAAGAAAAGAGCAAUAAUGAAGAGAAAACUCUGAUUCGGCCUUUACUCAAGCGAGAGGAUGCCAAAAUUUGUCGUGCAAAGAGGAUCACUACUGAGUGGCACAACCCGAGUCGAGUCAAAAGGAGAAUUAGACUUUCCCAAUUGGGAGAAUGCAAGCUGUUUGGCGAUGGUGAUGCAAGAUUUGGGAAGAAUGCUUCAGCUUCUGUAUUCACUAGCAGCCAGAAAGCUCAAAUUUUAAAAAUCGACAAGGAUGAGUUCAUGAAAUACAUUAAGAGUGAUGAUGAAGCAUGGAAUAAAUUCACCAUGGCUUGUAUUUCAAAAGAAAAUGAUUAUGGACUGCGUAUAAAAACAUAUCUCAAGCACAUGAAGCAAAAGAGGAUCAUUGUUAAAAACUUGAAGAAAGAGAAUAAGAAUAGGUCAGAUUUAAGCCCAGAUGAAAUUGAUGUCAGACGCUCAUUCGAUAUUACAGUUAAUAGGAUGAACAAGAGCUCUACUAGGAAAAAUUAUGAUACCCAGAGAUCAGAAUUUAUUAGAGAAGACUCCCAGAUCUCCCUGGAUAGAGGUAUCCAUAAUCAGAGUAUUCAGAGUAUAAUUAGUAAAACCCACACUGAGGUUAGCUUGAGCAUGAAGAAGCAGUUAGACUCUUACCUAACGAAUAGUCCAUCAAGGCAACGAAGAAGGAUUAUUAAGUUUAAUCCUGUGUAUCAGGCACAGUAUGUCUCGAAACCAACUAUCAAGAAGGACUUUAAGCUUCAUUUAACUGGCUCAAAGGAAAAAUAGCAAGCGUUUGAAAAAGAUGAUCCUCCCAAUCAUUAAUAUUAAGAAAGAUAGCUUGGCUCAGAGGAAUUUUCUAGUGCCAGCGAGGCUGAAUAAAAGCCUAGAUCAGACGUCUAAAAGAGGAUCAUAUCUGAGCAAUUUUCGUGAUUCUCGUUUGCUGUUCGGGUCUUAUAAAACACGAGAAUAAG